CAUGUUCCUGAAUGGACGAGCUUCCUUAACACACCCUGGCCCUCCUCCCAGAGUUUUGCCAGCAAAACCGGAGCUCCUUUGCCGAGUCAAAUCCAAACUCACGCGAGCAGUUUGCCAGGGAAAGUCGACAAGGAACUAGAUACGCAGCCUAGAAGAUGGGGAUGACUGGGCCUCCGACAACUGCAUCAAAGCCUAACCACACUGAGAAACAGCCCAGAAGAUGUGCCAUGAACCCAUUUCACAGUAUAAAGUUUUUUGUGCUAUGUCACGGACUGUUACAACUCUCCCAACUCUUAGUAUCGGGUUAUCUGAAAAGUAUUGUCUCAACCAUUGAGAAACGAUUUGGACUUUCCAGCCAAACCUCGGGAAUGCUGUCCUCUCUGAAUGAGAUUGGAAGCGCUGUGUUUAUUGUGUUUGUCAGCUACUUUGGCAGUCGAGUUCAUCGCCCCCGGCUGAUUGGCUGUGGGGGUAUCCUCGUUAGUGUUGCUGCAUUCACAAUGGCCUUGCCCCACUUCAUCAUGGGACGGUAUACAUACGAUCACACCACCACAAAUAAUGCUAGCACUGUCUCUGAUAUCUGCCACUUGAUGCCUAAGGACCAGAAUUUAAACAGUGAAAGCUGCAGUGUGGAGAAAAGCAGCAGUGGUUAUGAAACACUUUCGCUGCUGGUAGUUGGGCAGUUACUGUUGGGAGUUGGCGGUGUUCCCAUUCAGCCGUUCGGGAUAUCAUAUGUUGAUGACUUUGCCAGCAAUAGGAACUCCCCUUUGUAUCUCGGAAUCUUGUUUGCAGUUAGUGUCCUCGGACCAGCAUUCGGCUUUGUUUUAGGUUCUGCCGUUCUCCGUCUCUACGUUGACAUUGAUAAACUUUCAGCUGCUGAUAUCGAUUUGGAGUUUGGAGAUCCACGUUGGGUGGGAGCUUGGUGGCUUGGAUUCCUAAUGGCUGCUAGUUUUGUCGGCAUAGUCUCUGUCCCAUAUUUCUUUUUCCCGAAAGAGAUGCCCAAGGAGGACUCCAGGGAUCCCGAAGGAGAAGUCAACACAGAUAAAAAAUUGAAUGAAUUAAAAUCAAAACAAGACGAUGUAACACAGGGCCUAUCAUUACUCCAGUUUAUUAAGAGUUUUCCGUGUAUCUUACUGAGGACUUUGAGGAGCUCCGUUUACCUCCUCGUUGUAUUAGCUCAGGUCUGUAUGUCGGCUCUGAUGUCUGGAUUAACCGUCUUCAUUGGCAAGUUUCUGGAGCAACAGUUCACUGUGACGGCCUCGUUUGCAAAUUUACUGAUUGGAAGCAUCCACGUUCCAGGAGCAGUUCUUGGCAUCAUAUUGGGUGGGACCAUCAUGAGGAGGUUCCAAAUCAAUCUGAGGGGCUCAGCCAUCAUGUGCUUUGCUGCCAUCUUUGCUUCCAUUUGUGCAACUGCUCCGCUCCUGUUCCUUGGCUGUUCAACGCAACUAGUUGCUGGAAUAAAUGACAACGUCCAUAUCUCGAACAGCACAUCAGGCUUGGAACUGAGCUGCAAUCGAGGAUGCUCCUGCAAGGAUCAGGUCUACAAUCCAGUUUGUACAGCAGAUGGUAUUGAAUUUGUCUCUCCGUGCCACGCAGGCUGCAUGUCUGCCUCCUUCGAAACUGAUGGAAAAGUUGUGAGCUACACCAACUGUUCCUGUGUUUCGGCUCAAACCCUGGUGAAGCCUGGCACCUGUGGUAGUGGAUGCUACGAGCUUCUCUUGCCUUUUAUGAUCUUCCUGACCUUGGCUGGCUUUGUAGCCACACUUUGCCAAACACCUUCCUUCAUACUGGUCCUGAGGUCAGUGAAGCCUGAAGAUAAAUCUUUGGCGAUUGGGAUUCAGUUCAUGUUGUUCCGUGUUCUGGCCUGGCUGCCAGGGCCGAUCCUGUAUGGAAGUGCAAUUGACACCACCUGUAUCCAAUGGGAAAAGAAAUGCAACAAAAAGGCUUCCUGCAGAUACUAUAACCUCGAUCUCUUCCGGGUCAGAUAUAUUGGCCUGCAGAUGCUGUUUCAGUGCGGGGCCUUUCUACUCUUUGUGAUGGCCUAUUAUUUCCUAAAGAAAGAGACUUUGAGAAGGGAGCAACAAGCCAAAAUGGCAACUAAGGCUGCAGUAGACCCUAGAGUUGAGGAAGAGAGAAAAAGACUGAUGGAACAAGAUGAUGGAACCAAAUUACACCUCGAAUCAAAAGCUUAACGUACUAGUGGGGAAGUGGUGAGGGCAGAAUUUAUUUCUAACUUAAAUCUGACCUCGACACAGGACACAGGGAGAGACAAUGCCUGGCCUCUGAUGGUAGUCUUUGAGACACUUCAUUUUUUAUUGGUUUUCAUUCACGUGUUCACUGCUUUUUCUCCAGGAAACCUCCUGGACUUUCUUGGAUUUUUCCUUCCCUCGGUCACACACUGUUGAUCAGAUGGUUGGAACCAUCAGUGAAAGAAGCAUUUAUUUUACUAUUACAUGUUGUGAGGGUCAAUCUCUUCAUACUGCCAGACUCCCAGGAGAUGGGUCAUGCUCUUAUUCCUAGGUCCAGUUGGCUGAAGUUUUUCUCUGCUUGAUCAUCCUUUGACCCUAUUGCAAACCGUCCUUUGGCCUCUGAGUGGAUUCUAUGUGCAACAGGGACACUCCAUAUGCGGGAGAUGACAAUUUCACUGAGCUAGUGGGGCAGAGACCCAGACUAAUGCAGUGAGGAAAUGAUUCGAAUCCCACUAUUUCAGAUAGUGAAAUGGAAAUUUGACGAAUAAAAUCUGGGAUUGAGAGCCAAUCUCGGCAAGUGACCGAGACACUUUUUUACAUUGAUGUAAAAAGCCCAUUUGGGUCACUAAUGUCCUUUAAGAUUAAGCAAUCUGCUGUCCUUACCCGGACUAGCCUACAAGUGACUCUCGGCCCACGGCAAUGGGAUUAACACACAACUGCCCUCUGAAAUGGCCAAGCAAGCCACUCUGUUCAAGGUGGCAGUUCACCUCCAGCUCGCAAGGGCAAAAAAUGCUGGCAAAGGUGAGAGACUCCUUGCAUCUGUUAGGGUUAGGGAGUUCAAAAUAAAGGGGCAUAUAUUUAAAGUGAGAGGAGAAAGAUUUACCAAGGACAUGAGUAGCAAUAUUUUGUUACACAGAGAGUGGUUCAUGUGUGAAAUGAGCUGCCAAGUACAUGGAUCAGAAGGGUUUAGAGGGAUAUGGACCAAUUGCAGGCAAGUGGGACUGGUUUAGUUUAGGAACAUGGUUGGUAUGGACUGGUUGGGCCAAAGGGUCUGUUUCCGCGCUGUAUGACCCAAUGAUUCUAUGUAUCUUCACUUUUGCAAAAGUUACUCAAAAGUUGCUUCCACGUUUGAGUGAAUUGAUUAAACUGUCUAGGAGGCCAUGAACUAAUGGAGUGAUGGAACAUGCUGAAGGGGCUGAAUUGCUUUGCCCUCCUGCUCUUUGGCUGAGGAAUCUAUAAUUCUAGUCUCAUCUGCUUUCAGUUUCUUUCAGCUUUCCAUUACUCAUGGUUAAUUCAGCCUGGCUAACUGUACUGACCAAUAUGUACAGAGGUAUAUCAGGAAUUGACUGUAAACUGUUUGACCUUAUGCAUUGCAGGGAUGCCCAGUGAUCAGCAGAAAAGGCACAGUGUGAAACCGUGCCCAUUUUGUCCAUUUCAUCCUUCUUUUGCUAUUACAUUCUUGAGAAUAAUAUAGAUGAAGCAAGGUAUAAAUCCAUCUUGAGAAUUAACAUUUUAAUUUUGCUUUUCAAAUGAAACCAGUGAUGAGAAAUUUUGGUGGAACCCAAAUAUGGUUUCACCGAUUCAUUUUUGUUUAUUGUCUCACCGUACACAAUACAAAGUGAUUCAUGCUUUGUCUCUCCAUAAUUCUGUCCUAUUUCUUUACUCCUGAGUUCUGCAUUGGGCACGGGUACAGUUCCACAAGUGUCCAACCACUCACCAGUCCGUCCCAUACAAGGCGCUCAGUUGUUUCUUUGGGAUUAGGGAAAUGGGAGAUUAGCUCAUUUAUGGAGUUGAAGCUGCAAUCCAAUCACCCAUGAUCUUACUGAGUAGCAGAGUGGAUUAGAGGGGCUGAAUGGCCUGCUUCAAUUCAUAUGUUCCUGUAAACCGGUCAAUGAGUGCCUGCAUACUGCGCGUUCUAUUAGCUUUCCCGAUUACUCGUACCUGCGUACUAGCCUUUUGUGAUCCAUGCACCAAGACACUCGGAUCCUUCUGCAUCUCAGUAGGCUGCGGGUUGGCUUUCAACAGCAGUGUGCAUUGAUAUAGCACCUCGAACAUGGUAAAAUGUCUCAAAGGAUUUGCACAUUAUCAAAACAAACGUUAUGAAACAAGUGUUCAAGCUGGGCCACUUAGGAGACAUUGGGCUAGGUGAUCCUAAGUUUGGUCAAAAGCAUAGGGUUAAGGAAUGCCUUAAGAUAGUGGCAGAGAGGUAUAGGAAGGGAAUUCCAUAUCUUUAAGGACUUGGCAGCUGAAAGGCACGGCAGCCAGUCAAUCAAAAUGUGAGAUACAAAAGGGCCAGCAAUGGUGGAGUAUGGAGAUCUCAGGGGAUUGUGCAGCCUGAUGAGCUUUACUGUUUUGUAAAUAGACAGCAUGGCCAGAGACUCUAUCUCAAUGGUCCAGUAAAGUAGAAUGUAAUGUUAUUUAGAGCUGAUCAAAAUAAUAAUUCAUACAUUUAUACUGAUUUAAAAUCAUAUAAAAUUUAUAUACAAAUAUAUUUUUGCACAUUUAUGAUUCAACUGUGAAUAUACUCAUGAAAUUAAUCUUUAUUGAGUUGAAAUCAGAUUUGAAAUUUCAAAGAACUUGCAAUGAGCCACGUGCAUUCUGAAAGGCGGGUGGGAGCUCUGUUAUUUUAGCGCAAAGUGUAAAAGAAGGAAUUGGAGGUGGGGAGGAGGUAGAAAGACUUUUUGGAUGGAGAGAGUGCCCUCUGCACCAAUCCCCACCCCGAGAUAUUAACCCCCUUCCUCUGUUGCUGCCCGCCUGAUGUCCAAAACCAAACUCCCCACUCUACUCCCCUACUUCUCCCCACUGCCCACUCCCCCACCUCUCCACUCUCCUCUGUCCCACCUCCCUACUCUCCUCUCCCUCACCUCUUUUCCUAGGUUGCCAAACCCCAGUUCCCCACUUGCUCCUUUCACCCCUUCAAAUCCCAGGACUUACCUGCGCUCCUGCUGGUUCCCAUUGUCUAAGCAAUGGCUCUAUAUGACUAAUGGAGGAUCAGAAGGCUGAGAGUUCUUCCUCCCAUUGAGACGUCUCACUCUCUCUCUGCCCAUUUCUCUGUAGCACGGGGCUUCCAGCUGAGGAGUGAGCUUCUUUUUUUAGGGGAAAGUGGGUGUAAUGAGCACCUCCUCAGGGAAUUUAGCCCCAUGCAAGCCCUUUACUUAGAUCAAAUGAAUUAUUGAAAAUCAAUUUUGAAAAAAAUAGAUUUUUGCUAUUGAGGAAUUUGGAGCCAAUGGACAUUAUCAAAAUUCUUUCAUGGGCUGCAGAUGCUACUGAUUGGCCCAGCAUUUAUUGCCCGACCCUAAUUGCCCCUUGAGAAGGUGAUGGUGAGCAGCCUUCUGGAACUGCUGCAGUCCUUGGGAUGUGCUGUUAGGGAGGGAAUUCCAGGAAAUUUAUACAUUGAGAACAUUGGAACAGGCUCAACCCUACAUACUGGAUUUUUAGAAAUCCUGUUCACAUUCUUUUGUUUGAUAUCAUUAAAGCAACAAUUGAAUGUAGACAUGGAUGAAAAAUGAUUUCAACUCAUUUAAAGAACAAUGCUCACGUUUAUGCAGAGCUGAAUAGAACUGGUGACUCUGAGUCGGAUGGGUCCUGAGGUUAAGCCCCACUCCAGAGGCUUGAGCGCAACAUUGAUACUCCCAGGGUCAGCAUUGAGGGAGUGCCUUUGAGGAGCCAUCUUGCAGUUGAUGCAUUAAAUCAGGCCCCCCAUGUCUCUGGUGAAUGCAAGAGAUUCUAUGGAAUUAUUUGACAGAAGAUCCCAAGGUGUCUCCUUCAUUGCCCCUAGCCAACCCAGCUUGUGACUGGAUCAGUAGGGGGUCCCUCACCCAACAAUGCCGAAAGCUGAUGAUUUGGUCACCGUUCACAUUGCUUCUUAUGGGUUCUUGCUGUGUGUAAACUGGCUGUCAUGCUUUCUCCACUGACGCAGUGACUAGGGUUGUGCUUCAUCAAUUGAAAAGCACUUAGAGGCAUCCUUUGGAGGAUUCUGAUGUCAGAUGGACAGGAGAUUGGUGAAACACAUGCCGACAUUCGUUUUCUGCAGUUUGUUUCUCCUCAAAUGGGGACAAUAGAUGGAAACGAGAAGGCAAAGCCACUCUACACCCAUCACAGCUGAGCCAGGAUGUCUCCCACACUCGGAGCCUGCCAAUGGUAUGGAUUAUACAGGCUGAUGAUUAACCUGUUUGGUUUUAUUGUGGAUGCAUCUGUCUUGGUCACUGGCUCUCGGAAUGGGACUUGAACUCUCAGUGCGUAGCUCAGAGGCAAGGAUACUACCUACUGCAUCACAAGGCCUUCUUCAAGGAUGUGAAAGGCGAGAUAAAACACAAGUCUUUUUUUCUUUUCAGGGUUCCCCCUCAAUCUUUUGUAAAAGGCUUAACUUCAAACCAAAAAGCAGGAAGACCACGUCACUGCCAGAGCCAAAGGUACACACUGACUGAUCCUCAGGGUGGCACGGUGGCUCAGUGGUUAACACUGCAGCCUCACAGCACCAGGGACCCGGGUUCGAUUCCAGCCUCGGAUCACUGUCUGUGUGGAGUUUGCACAUUCUCUCCACGUCUGCGUGGGUUUCCUCCAGGUGCUCCGGUUUCCUCCCACAGUAUGUUCGGGCUAGGUGGAUCGGCCAUGUUAAAUUGCCCGUAGUGUUCAGGGGUGUGUGGGUUAUAGGGAAGUGGGUCUGGGUGGGAUGCUUCAAGGAGCGGUGUGGACUUGUUGGGCCGAAGGGCCUGUUUCCACACUGUAGGGAAUCUAAUCUGAUAUCACUAGCACCAGCCUAAUUCUCAUGGGGAUUAAGGCAUUAUUCCACAGCAACAAAAACUUGCAUUUAUCUUAUGCCUUUAACCCAGUCAAAUAUACCAUGGUGCUUCACAGCUGUGAUGUCAGAGGAGUCAGAGGGUGGUGAGCCAGUGGAAUUCUUUAUCGAAGAAUGCAGUUGAAGCCAAAACACUGAACGUUUUCAAGAAGCAGUGAUAAUGGGAACUGCAGAUGCUGGAGAAUCCAAGAUAAUGAAAUGUGAGGC